CUGGCUGACUACCAUCCAAUUACUGAUUACAUUACUUUCCGGUAUCGCUUUACUGAGGCGGCCGGCAUCAACCAAGGAGUAGCAGUGUUUUUCUAUCAAUUCCUUGCCAAUCAAGGUGAUUGUGUAACCGUAUGUGACGUGAACGCAACAUGUCAAGGUUUAUGUGGGGACGCGAUGGACCACGUGAAAAUGAAGAAAGCCCUGGUCGUCAACUCGACAGCGACAAUAACGAUGCAGUCGAUAUCUAAACCCGAUGGCUACUAUCAUUCUGGAAUUUAUUUCAAAACAGUUUUGUUUGAUCUCAACAAGAGAGCUUACUUCCAAUGUAAUUCAACUGUUCAACUCGAAAACGAUGUUCCAUUCUUCCUGGUUUCCCAGAAUUAUCCCUAUUCACCGUUCGAUUACUCCUAUUGUACCAUAACAUUCAACAGUGCAAAUGCGAUCCGGGCAGCCAUUUACGACUUGGUCACUGUAGGCCCGGUAACCUUCGAAGGGCCGGACUUAUUGGGAGGAACAGCAAAAAUUUCGCUCAGGUUAGUCUUGUGA